GUUGGUGACACACUUUCUUCCCUCUCUGUUUUCUUGAGUGGGUGAUAUAUCGGGGAAGGUCACGUGAGCGCGCGUCGUUUGCUCCCCUGCCAGUUGUCCCUGCCUCGAUUUACUGAAUCGCGAUCCACGUCACACAUGCCAAACAUCUUCCCCUCCCAAAAAGGAAACAGCCCCCCACAUUGAGGGACGUGAGGACAAAGCAACCACAGAUACUCAGUGAGCCUCAAACUCAUUCCCAAGCCCAAUUAGCCCUUUGUUUUUCUUUGCAAGCCUGAACCUCGACCUCAUUCAAGCUGCAGUGUUGACGAAAAGGACACUGGAGUCGGUGUGUUAGCAUUUUCGACUCAGCUGCUCACAUUUGAGAGGGAAAGCAGUUACAUCGCGACCGCCAGCGAGAUAUUUCACCUACCCGGUACCUAUUGACUUCAUCCCCGAACCUUUACUUUAUACCUGAGCACACUGUAUCGCCACACAACUCACAAACCAAAAAAAAAAAAAAAAAGCAUAUACUUGAGAAGUUUCCAGCCUCUCAUCUUCUUCCCUUUUAAUCCUCCUUUUCCCCUCUCACUUCUGCCACACCGAACAUGUCGGACGAAAGGCAGGUCAUCGACCUCGGCGGGAGCGACUCCGAGGAUGAGGACCUUCGCAUCGCCAUUGCUCUCUCCCUCGGCCAGGACCCAGGUUCGCGACGUACCAAUACUCCAAGGAAACACGAGACCAUCGACCUGACACUUGAUGAUGAGUCACCAGCCGCCGGGGACACUGCUGGACCAAGUCGACCUGGUGGUGAGGAUACCCAGGACCGGGACCAGCCUGUCCCCGCAGUCAUGACGACCUCGACUUCUGCCUCACAGCAAUCUGAUACUCCUACGGCCUCUCAGGCGUUAGCAACGGGCCUCUCGGCGCUCGGGUUGGACAGGAAGAAGAUGGAGGAGGAAAGACUUGCUCGACUUGCCCAGAGGAAGAGAAAGGCAUCACUUGAGGCGCCGGCUCGGUAUUCCAGUUUGGACACCCGGUCGACUCAGAUUCCGAGAAUGUUGGGUGACGAGGGGAUUUCUUCCCACAGCAAGGGUCGAGGGGAUAAGAACGAUACUGGCUCUUUAUCUCCAGCAGUCAAGGCCAGUUCAAGAAGGAUGAAUAGCUCAGGGAGCAGUCAUGGGAGCACAUGGGGGUUAGCAAAUGCAGUCGAAAAAUCAGUCAGUGACAGCACUCACAGUAAUUCCAACCGUAUCCUUCCACCCAGGUCUUCUUCGACCAGCCAUCAAGUUCAAACCCUCCCAUAUCCCCGCGGCGUCAUCAAGAAGACUUGGAUCUACCCAAGCUACCCGCGGGCUAACGACGAUGUCAAGAUUGAAGAAGUCCUUCAGAAGGAUAUUCUCGAGCUGGCCGUUAUCAGCUCGUUUCAGUGGGAUGAGGAUUGGAUGCUGUCCAAGAUUGAUAUCUCGAGGACUAAGCUGUAUCUGAUUGCUUUUGCGAAGAGUGAGGCGCAGAACGAGAUGAGGAAUAAUGUCCCAAAGAGCAGGAUCCGGUUUUGUUUUCCGGCCAUGCAGGCUGUGGGUGCGAUGCAUUCGAAGCUGAUGCUGCUCAAGUAUGAGGGUUAUUUGAGGGUUGUGGUUCCGACGGGGAAUUUCAUGUCGUAUGACUGGGGGGAGACGGGGACGAUGGAGAAUGUAAGAGUUGAUGUGAUUGUGUGUUUUGGGGGCAUGGUCUUCCUUAUUGACCUCCCCAAGUUCAAGAACACAGAGGAGAGAGACGCGGUUCAGGGGGGCGGGCUCGGCUCCUUUGGCGAGGAUCUGGUGUAUUUUCUGAUGGCUCAGGGGGUUGAUCCGUUGUUGAUCAAUAGCUUGCGGAGCUAUGACUUUUCGGAGACGAGGAGAUAUGGCUUUGUUCAUACCAUUGUUGGCUCUCAUACCACGGAUGAGGCUUGGAAAAGGACUGGAUACCCUGGCCUCGGUCGGGCAGUCGCCGCUCUUGGUCUCGCGUCCAGUGACCCCAUCGAGCUCGAUUACGUGUGCUCUUCGCUCGGUUCUGUGAAUAGUAGCGUGAUCAACUCGCUCUAUUACGCCUGUCAAGGCGACUCUGGCCUCAAGGAAUUAUCAACCCGAACCCCGGCGCACAAGAAAGUGUCUGACGAUGACGUGUUGGAUCAUGUCAGGGUGUACUACCCUUCGGAGAGGACGAUUGUGACCAGCAAAGGAGGGAGAGACGGCGCCGGAACGAUAUGCUUUCAGGAAAAGUGGUGGAAGGCGUCGGGCUUUCCGAGGGAGGUGCUGCGUGACUGUCGAUCGAGGAGGGAGGGAGUCGUAAUGCAUUCCAAGGUGGCGUUUGUGGGCCGGACGGGAGGGAGGCGUGGGUGGGUGUAUCUGGGAAGUGGGAACCUUUCGGAGAGUGCUUGGGGGCGGCUGACGAGGGAGAAGGUUGGCGGUGGGGUGAGACUGAACUGUCGGAACUGGGAGUGUGGCGUUAUUUUCCCUGUUGAGUCAUCACUGGCCGGGGGUGACAGCUGGGAGGCGUUUGAGAAUGUUGUGCCCGUGCCGAUGGUUGUGCCGGGGGAGAGGUUUGGGAUGCCGGGGAGUGAAGGGGGGUUGGUGCCGUGGUUUAACUGACAGAUUAGGUUCAGUGGGGGCAUACGAUAUCAUGGGGCUUCAUUGGCUCUACGAUUGUUGGCCAUGUUGGCAUGGAGGUGAUUCACCUGUUGUGUGGUGACGAUGAUACUCUAUCAACAACUGAAAAACUCUGUUUCUGCGUGAGCACGAUUUACAGAGGUACAUGAGGGAGUCUCGAUGCCUUGUUAUGGGCGGUGGGGGGGUGGAGUCAAUGUCACUGAAGUCUAAUCAAGCAGAGUUUGUCUUCACAGGAGGGUGUCCACUUCGUUGUUGGGAGAUAGGCGGACGGCGCGCGCAUGAGAAUCUUGAGGGAGACAUGAAGGUCACGAAGAUGAUUGCAUGCGCGGAGGGAGCGCCAUGAGAACAGAACCGGAUCCGGCGAGAUGCCGGUGAACAGCUCGUGGCGACAGGGCGAUUAGGCUGGUACGUUUGGGGAACAUGGCACGCACAGUGAAGCUUGAACAUCCCUGGCACGGAGGCGUUUGGUUGAAGUUCACGAUUGCAAUUGCCUGCCGCGGGCUCUGGCCUUGAGGAUGAGGCUCUGGCCUUGAGGAUGAGGCUCUGGCCUUGAGGAUGAGGCUCUGGCCUUGAGGACGGGCUCUGGAACAGCCUUAUGGGGCAGCUAGCGCGGCCAAGAAGAUACUCGAAGAAGACUAGCUCGAUGGCUGGAUUUGUGAGCACAUCCAGCUUGGGCAGGUAGGCGGGUGACGACUGGGGGCGGCAUACAGAGGACAACGAGUGGCUCACGACCUACCAGCUGGCAGAUUUUGGGGAAAAUCUCGGGACCGAGGAGCAGAUGGAUUUUUCCGGUCGGGGGGGGUUACCUCGGUAACGGUUAGGCUUCCGGAAAUCGUUAUUGGGGACAGAGUUCGGGACAGAGGGCCUUUUCGACGUUCGGGACGAGAUGAGACAUUACCACCGCGGUUUUGAACAGGAGCUUAUGGGAUGUCGAGGGCUCGUUUUGACGACGGCUUUGGCCAAGGGGGGUUUGGGUGAGAAUAAGUCCCAAAAAAGGCGUUGUGUGUAUAUGUGAUUGGAAUAGGGAUUGGGCGAUAUGGGCGUGUCAGGAGAGGAGGCAACUUGGCGCGAUGUGGAAGAUGGGGAGAGGAGCAGUCACGGUAAAGGGAGGCGUGUUUUGGAUCCAUGUCUGUUGUUUGGCCGUAAUUUGUUUGAGCACAGGGGGUGAGCAUUGCAGAUUUUAGGACUACAGCGCCACGACUUCUUGGGGUAGACAGAAUAUCUCUCUACAAGUUUGGGGCUCAUUUCUUUUGGUCGGGGGCGACGGAGUGAGGAGAGGAUUGAACGUGGGUGCUUUACAAGAUACCUUUGACUGUGGUGGCCCAUAGGAGGCAGAACCUCGUGGUGCUCCACCCAUGUGUCCGAAAAAAGAAGUGCUCCAGACAUAUAAAUGGACCAGCUAACAGCUAAAAAUACCACGUUUAUCAGC